UGGUCACGUGGUGUCCCGCAGGUUUCCGUGUUGACAGGGAUGCAUCGGUGAGUGCUGGCUGUAUGAGGAGGAUGGUGAUCGGUCAUGGCUUUUUUAAAGAGCAGAGAGAGAACCAAACAUAGGUUUUCUCUGCUGUUGUUGGACCUGGAGGAAUAUUAUUUUGAGCAGCACACAGCGAAGCUCGUCCCCACCUCCUCCAAGGAGGACAGAAAAGUCCGCGGCUCCUUUAAAGUUUGCUCUAAAUCGAUCAUAUUUGAUCCUGAUGAUCACGCCGAGCCCAUCAUCAAGAUUCCUCUCAGAGACUGUCAGCUCAUAAAGUUUGUGGAAGGAGAGACCAACCCAUUCUCAGACCCUCGGCCUUCUGCCAUCUCUAUCUCCUGUCUACAGCUGAUUUACAUUAAAGAGAGUAAUGUGAUCGCUCCAUACAGGAAUGAACGGGGGGACCAGAAAAUCUGUUUUCAGUUGGAGGUUUGCAGUAAAACGGAGGAUGUGGUUCAGACGUUGCUGCAGCUCCACAGAGCGUCUCGUCUGGACAAACUGGGAGAUCAGACCGCCAUGAUUGAAGCUAAUCUCCAGUCCCGACUGGCCAGGUCCUCCUUUGAUAAAAACUGUUUCCAGAGCGUAGCAGAGCGCCCUCACAUGGAGUGUUCAGUGGAAAGAGUCACUCCUCUGGUGUGUAACCCAGGUCACGUCUGCAUCACUGAUGAAAACCUUUACUUCCAACCGCUCAAUGGAUACCCGGAGCAGGUGAUCCAGAUCAGACUGCACAGAGUGAGACGGAUCUACAAACGACGGCAUGGACUCAGACCUCUGGGUCUUGAAGUUUUCUGCACUGAGAAUGAUUUCUGCUCCGACAUCUACCUGAAGUUUUACAAAACAGAGGACAGAGAUGAGAUCUACUACUACAUUGCCACAUUUCUUGAGAAUCACAUGACGGAGCACACAGCAGAGAGCUAUAUGCUGCAGUGGCAGCGUGGUCACCUCAGUAACUAUGAGUACCUGCUACACCUCAACAACCUGGCCGACCGCAGCUGUAAUGACCUGUCCCAGUACCCGGUCUUCCCCUGGGUUCUCAGCGACUACAGCAGCAAACAGCUGGACCUGACCAACCCAGCCUCCUUCAGAGAUCUGAGUAAACCAGUGGGAGCUCUGAACAAGGAGAGACUGGACAGACUGCUGGCUCGGUACAGAGGCAUGCCCGACCCCGCCUUCAUGUACGGCAGUCACUACUCAUCUCCAGGAUAUGUCCUGUUCUACCUGGUCAGAGUCGCUCCUGAACACAUGCUGUGUCUGCAGAACGGACGCUAUGACCACGCAGAUCGCAUGUUCAACAGUGUAGGUGAGACCUGGAAAAACUGUCUAGAGGGAGCCACCGACUUUAAAGAGCUGAUUCCUGAGUUCUACGGCAACGACUCCAGCUUUCUGGAGAACAAACUGAGUCUUGAUCUGGGUCGGAGACAAAACGGGAGUUUGGUCAAUGACGUGGUUCUCCCACCGUGGGCCUCUGACAGCGCUGACUUCCUGCAGAAACACCGCACUGCUCUGGAGAGUCAGUUUGUGUCUGAGCAUCUUCACGAGUGGAUUGAUCUCGUGUUUGGUUUCAGACAGCGAGGGAGUGAAGCUGUGGCCGCUCAUAACGUGUUUCACCCGUUGACCUACGAGGGAGGCAUCGACUGUGACAGCAUCAAGGACCCUGACCAGCGGAUCGCCAUGCUGACUCAGAUCCUGGAGUUUGGUCAGACCCCCAAACAGCUGUUCAGCUCCCCCCACCCCCAGAGGAUCACGGCCCGCCUCAGCAACAUGACCCGCAGCCAGAGCAGCAGCUCGCCGCUCAGCGAUAUGUCUCCAGUGUCUCAGAGCGAGGAGUCCUCCUUCGAGGAUCUGACCGAGGAGAGCAGGAAACUGGUGUGGACCAACAUGGGAAACCUGAACCUGAUCAGCAGCCACAAGAUCCACAAAGAAGCUCUGACAGGUGUUGCUGUUAGUCGAGAUGGAUCUGCCAUUUUCUCCACAUCACAAGACUCGACGUUGAAGAUGUUUUCCAGAGAGCUGAAGGAUUUCCAGAGGAGUGUUUCCUUCUCUAACAUGGCUCUGUCCUCGUGUCUGAUGCUUCCUGAUGGUAAAACUGUUGUCUGUUCCUCCUGGGAUAAUAAUGUGUAUUUUUACUCAGUCCCAUUCGGUCGCAGACAGGACACUCUGAUGGGUCACGAUGACGCCGUCAGUCAGCUGUGCUGGUUUGAUGAUCGGCUCUACACGGCGUCCUGGGACUCCACGGUGAAGGUGUGGCAGUGUCCCGCUAACAGCUCAGCCAAUCACAAGAGAGCUCACUUGAACCUGCUGUCUGAACUUGAGCACGACGCUGGGGUGAACACGAUCUCUCUGAACACGUCAGGGACUCUACUCGUCUCUGGAGGUAAAGAUGGGACCGUCUCUAUCUGGGACACCAGCAGCUACUCCACCCUGCAGCAGGUCAACUGUCACACCGGAAACAUCCACCACAUCGCCUUUAGUCCAGACAGCAGACACGUCCUGAGCGUGGGAGCAGACUGCUGCAUGAAGGUGAUGGAUGUGCAGACGGGGAUGGUCAUCUCCUCGGUAAAGGCUGACGAGGAGCAGAGGUGUUUUUGUUGGGACGGUAGCUUGGUCCUGGCUGGAGGUCAGUCUGGAGAUCUGCUGCUAUGGGAUCUGAUCAGUAACACCGUUACCAAGAGGAUACAGGCCCACUCAGGAGCAGUAACGAUCAUGUGGAUGAACGAGCUCUGCAGCUCAGUGAUCACUGGAGGAGAUGACAGACAGAUCAUGUUCUGGAAGAUCAGCAGCUAGAGACACUUUAUACUGGGACGGAGAGAGUCCCAGUUACACCUGACAGAACGUACUGGGUCAUACUGGGUUUAUACUGGGACAGAAGGAGUCCCAGUUACACCUGACGGAACAUAUUGGAUCAUACUUGAUUCUACUGGAUCAGCAUGGACCUUACUGGGUUAUUCUGGGUUUAUACUGAGUUAUACUGGAUUAAACUGGGUUUAUACUGGAUCAUAUUUCCCGUGUAUCCCUCAGGCUCUCUCAGGACUGAUCAAUCAGCCGUCUGUGUUCGUUAGAGUCUGCAGCUCGGGGCAGAUGUCAUGGGGUUCGCUGUUACAAGAAGAGGGGAUGAAGAUGCUUGUUGUUCAAACAUUCAGUCUGUCUGCAGCUGCUCUGUGUGGAUUCAUCAUGUAUUAACAUGUUAUUGAUCAUGUAUUAAUAUGUUAUUGAUUACUUCUGUUUAAAAUGAUCCAUCAUGUUAAAUCUUU